CUCCCAGGAGAGACCAGCAGCUCCGACCUGUGCUACCAGCCACAAGGAGCUGAUCUGGGCUCAGAUCAAUCACGCUGCUGCAGAGCUCUGGAGGCUCUACCUGUGGCUGACCUCGGUGGCCGUACACCUCCCCCCCAGGCUCAGGGCUCCAUCGGCUUGGAGGGGUAUUGUUUUAGGGGCUAUGUAGGUGAAUUGCUCUGUUAACUUCUAAGGAACAACGCAAAAAAAUCUGCCAGCACCAAUUCUCCUCAGGAUACUCUUUUUUUCUCCAUGGAGCCUGACACAGGUGUCACUCUAUGAUUGUGUGAGGUCGUAGCCAAUCAGCAGCGGCGUCCGGACCAGAGGAGAGAGCACCGACAGUCAGACCAUGGACCUGAGAUUUAGAUGGCUGUCGCCUCUCACCAGGGGAGCUCUUCAUCUCUUGCUGCUGGCCAGACUGGUGCUGCCUUCUCACACAGAGAGCAUGCCCAGCUUCAUCAAGUCGCCCGAUGAUCAGACAGGGAUUUCAGGGGGAGUGGCGUCGUUCGUAUGCCAGGCGGUGGGUGAGCCCAGACCUCGCAUCACCUGGAUGAAGAAGGGGAAGAAAGUCAGCUCUCAGCGCUUUGAGGUGAUUGAGUUUGAUGACGGCUCGGGCUCGGUGCUGCGUAUCCAGCCUCUGAGGACCCACCGCGAUGAAGCCAUCUAUGAAUGCACGGCCACCAACAGUGCGGGGGAGAUCAACACCAGCGCCAAGCUCACUGUCUUAGAGGAGGACCAGAUCCCUCACGGUUUCCCCAGCAUAGACAUGGGGCCCCAGCUGAAGGUUGUGGAGAGGACGCGUACCGCUACGAUGCUGUGUGCAGCCAGCGGCAACCCUGAUCCGGAGAUCUACUGGUUCAAAGACUUCCUACCUGUGGACAUCAGCAGCAGCAAUGGGCGUAUAAAACAGCUGCGUUCAGGAGCGCUUCAGAUUGAGAACAGCGAGGAGUCGGAUCAGGGCAAGUACGAGUGCGUGGCAGUCAACAGCGCCGGGACUCGCUACUCUGCUCCAGCGAACCUUUACGUGCGAGUUCGUCGUGUGCCUCCUCGUUUCUCAAUCCCUCCGACCAAUCACGAGGUGAUGCCCGGUGGCAGCGUUAACCUGACCUGCGUUGCGGUUGGUGCUCCCAUGCCUUAUGUCAAGUGGAUGAGUGGUGAGGUGGAGUUGACCCGGGAGGAGGAGAUGCCCAUUGGCCGCAAUGUUCUGGAGCUCACCAACAUCCGGCAGUCUGCCAACUACACCUGUGUGGCCAUAUCCUCCCUGGGCGUGAUCGAGACAACGGCCCAGAUCACUGUCAAAGCCCUGCCCAAGCCACCCACUUCCCUCACUGUGACAGAAACCACAGCCACCAGUGUCACUCUUACUUGGGACUCUGGCAACCCAGAACCAGUAUCCUACUAUGUGAUCCAGUACCGUGCCAAACUGUCUGACAAUGGCUUCCAGGAAGUGGAUGGAGUAGCCACAACCCGAUACAGCAUUGGCGGUCUCAGCCCCUUCUCGGAAUAUGAGUUUCGUGCAAUGGCCGUCAACAACGUGGGUAGGGGGCCUACCAGCGGAAUUGUAGACACCCGAACAAGUGAGCAGGCACCCUCGUCACCCCCUCUGCACAUCCAAGCACGCAUGCUGAGCUCCAGCACAAUGCUGGUCCAGUGGGAACCUCCGGAGGAGCCCAAUGGUCAAAUCAGGGGGUACAGGGUCUACUACAGCUCUGAGCAUGACACCCCACUCAGCGCCUGGCACAAGCACAACACAGAUGACAGCCAGCUCACCACCAUCUCAGGCCUCACCACAGAUAUCACCUACAGUGUGAGGGUGCUUGGCUUCACCUCUGUGGGAGACGGGCCUCCCUCUGAUGUUCUACAGAUCAAGACCCAGCAGGGAGUUCCUGCUCAACCAUCAGAUUUUGAGGCUGAGGCUGAGCUGGACUCACGCAUCAUGCUGUCCUGGCUUUGGCCUGUCCAGGACCCCAUCAUUGGCUUUGAACUGAUCUACUGGGAUUACAACAACCCUGCAGACAAGCGUCAUGCCGCCUUCGACCCAGCGGGCUCCUAUGCAGUUGAUGGUCUGAAGCCAGACACACUCUACAUGUUUUCCCUGGCAGCAAAAUCUGAGAUGGGUUUAGGAGUCUUCACUCAGCCUAUUGAGGCCAGAACUGCCCAAUCCACCCCCUCAGCCCCUCCCCAGGAGGUACGCUUGCUCAGCCUCAGCUCCACCAGCAUCAAGGUGAGUUGGGUGGCUCCGCCCACAGACAGCCGCCACGGGGAGAUAGUGCACUACUCCCUCGCCUACCAAGCGCUCACGGGGGAGGACGUGGAGCGCCACCAGGUGUCAGGGAUCGGUGCGGACGUCUCCAGCUACGUGCUGGAUGACCUGCAGAAGUGGACUGAGUAUUGGGUGUGGGUGAGGGCUCACACUGGCGUCGGGCCCGGCCCAGAGAGCUCCGCAGCCUGCGUCAGAACCAAGGAAGAUGUGCCUGGAGCUCCUCCCAGGAAGGUGGAGGCAGAUGCCCUCAACUCUACUGCCCUCAGGGUGACCUGGAAGCCUCCCCUGUCUAUGAAGCAGCAUGGCCAGAUCAGAGGCUACCAGCUGGUCUACUCCAGGCUAGAGAACGGGGAGCCUCAUGGCCAACCUGUCAUCGUGGACGUUUCCCUCCCUGAAGCCCAGGAGGCCAUCGUAACCGGUCUACUUCCAGAAACAACCUACUCUGUGACUGUGGCUGCUUAUACCACAAAGGGUGAUGGAGCUCGCAGCAAGGCCAAGGUGGUCACCACCACAGGAGCAGUGCCUGGCAAGCCCACCAUGAUGAUCAGCACCACCAUAGGGAACACCGCCCUGAUCCAGUGGCAGCCACCUAAGGAGAUGGUGGGGGAGCAUGUGGGAUACCAGCUCCAGUACAAGAGGGCAGAGGAAGAAGAUUUCACCGUCAAAGACUUCAGAAAGGCAGAUGAUCAUUUCACAGUCACUGGCCUCCACAAGGGAGCCACCUACAUCUUUAAACUGUGCGCCAAAAACCGUGCAGGCAACGGGGAGGAAUAUGUAAAGGAGAUCAGCACGCCCGAGGACAUUCCCAACAGCUACCCCCAGAAUCUGAGCGUGGUAGGUCUAACCGCCACCUCCACUAAGCUGGCCUGGGAGCCCCCUCCUUUGGCUGAGAGGAACGGGAAGAUUAUCAAGUAUGUGGUGGUGUAUCGAGAUAUCAACAGCCAGAACAACAAUACCAACAGCAGCACAGAAACACACAUGACUGUCCAAGGUUUGCAACCAGACACAACCUACGACAUCAGAGUCCAAGCUUUCACCAGCAAGGGGGGAGGACCCAUCAGCCCCAGCAUUCAGAGUCGAACCAUGUCCACCUCCAUGCCAGUGUUCACCAAGAACUUUGGUGUGACGGCUGUGAUGAAAACCUCCGUCCUGCUGACCUGGGAAGUGCCAGAAUCCUACAAAUCUCAAGUGCCUCUAAAGAUCCUGUACAACCAGCAGAGUGUGGAGGUUCAAGGCAACCUGAAGAGAAAGCUGAUCACACAGCUGCAGCCGGAUACGGAUUACUCCUUUGUGCUCAUGAGCCGGGGGAACAGCGCUGGCGGCCUUCAGCAGCAGGUUUCCAUUCGAACAGCUCCAGACUUGCUGAAGAUGAAACCGGCUCAACACCAAGAUGAUGUGGAGGAGGGUGGUAAAGUGACCAUCAGUCUGCCCAGGGUGCCUGCUGAAGCUCCGAUCAGGUGGUACUACAUCGUGGUUGUCCCUGUCACCCCUGUUUCUCUGAGAAGAUGGGAAAACCCUGAAGACAUGGACGUACAUGAGCUUCUGGAGACCGGUGCUGACAGCAGCCUGCAGAGAAAGAAGAGACAGAGCCAGGACUUCCUGCAGCCCUACAUCGCCGCCAAGCUGCUCACUCUGCCUGAGAUCUUCACACUGGGCGAUGAGAAGAAGUACAACGGCUACUACAACAAACCCCUCCCCGGCCAGCAGCAGUAUCGCUGCUUUGUUCUGGCGGACUUGACGAACCAAGAGUCUCAGAGGACAUUUGCAGCCACCCCGUUCUCUGAGCCCAUCAUGGUGAAGCUCCACAGUGGGAUGACCCGACAGACGGAGGACCCAGAGAUGCUGUGGGUGAUGGGUCCAGUGCUGGCAGUCAUUCUCAUCAUCGUCAUAGUCAUCGCUAUUCUACUCUUCAAGAGGAAACGAACAUCUCCCGCCAAGGAUGAGCAGAUGGCGGGGGUCAAGGACUCUCUGCUGGCCCACUCCUCAGACCCUGUGGAGAUGAGGAGACUCAACUAUCAAACACAAGGUUCCAGUGCCCUCAGUUGCCCGAAUACACCAAGGAUGAGAGAACACCCUCCCAUUCCCAUCUGUGACCUGGCAGACCACAUAGAGAGACUGAAGGCUAACGACGGUCUGCGCUUCUCUCAGGAGUAUGAGUCUGUUGAUCCAGGACAGCAGUUCACCUGGGAGCACUCCAACCUGGAGGUCAACAAGCCAAAGAACCGCUAUGCAAACGUGAUCGCCUAUGACCACUCCAAGGUUAUCCUCACACCCGUGGAUGGAGUUCCAGGUAGCGACUACAUCAAUGCCAACUAUAUUGAUGGCUAUAGGAAGCAGAAUGCUUACAUUGCGACACAGGGGCCGCUGCCAGAGACGCUGAGUGACUUCUGGAGGAUGGUCUGGGAGCAGAGGACCUGCACGAUCAUUAUGAUGACCCGCCUGGAGGAGAAGUCACGGGUCAAAUGUGACCAGUACUGGCCAAGUCGAGGCACAGAGACAUAUGGGAUGAUCCAGGUGACCAUGCUGGACAAUGUGGAGCUGGCUACAUACAGCGUACGCACAUUCGCCCUCUAUAAGAAUGGCUCGAGUGAGAAGAGAGAAGUUCGGCAGUUCCAGUUUAUGGCCUGGCCUGACCAUGGAGUGCCUGAGUACCCCACCCCAACACUGGCCUUUCUACGCAGAGUCAAGGCCUGUAAUCCUCCAGAUGCAGGACCCAUGGUGGUCCACUGCAGUGCCGGUGUGGGACGAACAGGCUGCUUCAUUGUCAUUGAAGCCAUGCUGGAGAGGAUGAAACACGAGAAGUCAGUGGACAUUUAUGGUCAUGUGACAUGUAUGCGAGCUCAGAGGAACUACAUGGUGCAGACAGAGGAUCAAUACAUAUUCAUCCACGAGGCUCUGCUGGAAGCUGCCACUUGUGGAAACACAGAAGUCCCCGCCCGAAACCUGUACACCCACAUCCAGACUCUCAGCCAGACCCCUCCUGGAGAGACCGUCACCGCCAUGGAACUGGAGUUUAAGAAACUGGCCAACUCUAAAGCACAUACCUCAAGAUUCAUCAGUGCCAACCUGCCGUGUAACAAGUUCAAAAACCGCCUGGUGAAUAUCAUGCCUUUCGAGUCCAGCCGUGUCUGCCUGCAGCCAAUCAGAGGGGUAGAGGGCUCCGACUACAUCAACGCCAGCUUCAUAGACGGAUACAGACAACAGAGAGCGUACAUGGCCACCCAGGGCCCGUUAGCAGAGACCACAGAGGACUUCUGGAGGAUGUUGUGGGAACACAACUCCACCAUCGUCGUCAUGCUCACCAAACUCCGCGAGAUGGGACGGGAAAAGUGCCACCAGUACUGGCCUGCUGAGCGCUCUGCACGCUACCAGUACUUUGUUGUGGACCCCAUGGCCGAGUACAACAUGCCUCAGUACAUCCUGAGAGAGUUCAAAGUCACAGAUGCCAGGGACGGUCAGUCGAGAACCAUCAGGCAGUUUCAGUUUACUGACUGGCCAGAGCAAGGAGUGCCAAAAACUGGAGAGGGAUUCAUCGACUUCAUCGGCCAAGUCCAUAAAACUAAAGAGCAAUUUGGACAAGAUGGACCAAUUACUGUGCACUGCAGUGCUGGCGUUGGGCGGACCGGUGUGUUCAUCACGCUGAGCAUCGUCCUGGAGAGGAUGAGAUACGAGGGAGUGGUCGACCUGUUCCAGACCGUCAAGAUGCUCCGAACUCAGAGGCCAGCUAUGGUGCAGACAGAGGACCAGUACCAAUUGUGCUACCGGGCUGCUCUGGAGUACCUUGGAAGUUUUGAUCACUAUGCAACAUAACCCCAUCCAGAACCAGAGGGACACCCUCGGAAGAGUUCUGUGUCUCUUCUGAGCCAUGUCUGCUCAGCUCCAUCAGUCCUUGAGGCCUGAUGAGGAGGCUAAGAGAAGGACUACGAUGGGGAGGUGACCACAGCAGGAAACAGUAGAGUUAAGAGGCAAGAGAAGGGACAGGAUGACCUCUUUCUGCACUGGUGCCAUGAUUUGAUUCUGCCACAGACCCGACACCAAAACCUCCCAAAAACUAAACCCUGAAAGACUUGUAGUCAUGCCUCAUUCCGAUUCUUGACUGAAUACUCCCCAAGUCACUCCCCCAAUUUUUACCUGCUCCUUAUAGCAAAAACAAAUGUUCUGCUCUUUUUUCAUUUAUGUUGAUCAUUACUAUGUUGAUAUAAAUAUUUAGAAUUUAUUUUCUCAUCACUUACACUGGUUAUUAUAUGUCUUUAUGAGUCUUUUUUUAUUUGCUUAUGUUUUUUAUUUUUAUUUUUAUUAGCACAAAAGACAUGUAUUUUCGACAUUUAAUACUGGUAAGCAUAUACUCACAGCUGCUAAUGAUUUUAUUUUGUACCAUAGAUAUAAUAUUCUAAUGUUAUCAUUACUCAGUUGAUCUUAUUUAGGCUGAAAUGUGGGUUUACACUUCCUGUCUUUACAUUCAACAGAAUUAUGACGACGAUGACGAUGAUAAUGAUGAUGAUUUACCAAACAGAUCAAAUAAACAAAUAAAGUCUGUUAACUCCAGUAUAAAAUA